AUGAGCCUCUCCCUCGUCUACCGGGCCUCAACCCGCUCCCUCCCCCUCUCCCUCCUAACCCCCCCAACAACCCGACACGCCUCCCGCUCCGCCAUCCACCGCGGCCUAAUCCGCUCCCACCGCGCCACCCAACGAGCCGAAGCCCCCGACCCGCGCCGCGCCGAAAUCGACCAGCUCUACAAAGCCAGCCGCGUCGGCGCCGUCGACGCAGACGGCAACAAACUGACCUACCGCCAACGACAUGAAAACCGCGCCGCGCUGGAAGCGAUGCGUCCGCAAUUCAAGAUCCGCCGCGGGAAGAAGGAUAUAACGGACUACCCGGACGUGGCCCGGCCCAAGUCCCGCGCGGCAAGGUUCAUGGAUCCGGGGGAUAAGUUUGGGAAGAGGAGUUUGGUGUAUAAGAUGAAAAUGGCGGCGGAGAAGGCGAGGCGGGGGGGUGGUGGCGGGAUAGAGGAUGUGUUGGCGGAUGAGGUAUUUGGGACGACGGGGACACGGCCGGACAGGGAUCGACAGCUGUUGACGACGAGGAGGCAGGAUAAGAGGGGGGGAAGGGCGCGGAGGGGGAGGGGUCGACGGGAGAGUGAUGAGGGGCCGUUGAAUGUGGCGGAUGUGGUGGCCGAGUUGUCGAGGCCGAUUGGGGGGGCACGCGCGCAGGUGCAGUCGACGCCGGCGGUGAAUAGGGGAUCUGAGGAUAGGGGAGUUCAGGGUCGGGACCGGGGUCUGGCUCGGAAGGAUACGGAUGAUUUGGGGUCUGUUCGGCGGAGAGACAGGCCGGCUCCGGAGAGACCGAAAACACGCCCGACUCCCACCGUGUCCAUCCCCUACACCACCGCAGCCUCCCAGUUCCUCUACGGCCGCUCCGUCGUUGAAGCUGCCCUACGCGCAUCCCGCCGCAAACUCUACCGACUCUACAUCUACGACGGCGCCAACCGCGAAAACACCACCAGCAACACGCUCAUGGCCCGCCUCGCCAAGAAACGCGGCGUGCCCGUCGAAAUCGUCAAAGAAGGCGGUCUCCGCCUCUUCGACAAACUCUCCCAAUCCCGCCCCCACAACGGCUUCAUCCUCGAAGCCUCCCCCUUACCACGACCCUUGCUAACCGCCCUCGGCCCCAUCCCCCCCGACUACACCACCAACCCGCGCAUCCCCCUCGAACUCGGCCACCAAUCCGCCGAAGACGCCGAGAUCAACGGCACUCCCACCACCCUUCCGGCACCACCUUCCCCAGGCCACAAACCGCUCGUCAUCGUCCUCGACAAGGUGCUCGACCCAGGCAACCUUGGCGCGAUUUUGCGCACCGUCAGCUUCAUGGGCGCCACCGCAGUAGGCAUCACAAAGAAACACUCGGCCAGUCUGACGGCCGUAGCCCUGAAGGCAUCCGCCGGCGCGGCUGAAUCACUCGCCCUGUUCUCAGUCAACUCCCUCCCCGAUUUCAUCACACUAUCCCGCGCCAACGGCUGGUCAGUCUACGCAGCCGUAGCCGGCGUCACCGGCUCUCUCCCGUCCGUCAUUAAACAACGCCGCCAAAUAACCCCCCGCGACAUCGAAGACGCCGACCCCCUCCGGCACGAGCCCUGCAUGCUCGUCAUCGGCAACGAAGGUGACGGGCUGGAGCGGUUGAUUGUGAAAAAGGGGGAUUACGAGCUGAGUAUACCGAACUUGGCUGCGCCGGGGAGUGGGGUGGAUAGCUUGAAUGUGAAUGUUGCGGCGGCGUUGCUGUGUUCGGCGUUUUUGAGGGGGGUGAAUAAGGAGUUGGAGGAGAUGGGAGGUGUUUUGCAGAGGGGGGUUGUGGGAGGAGGAGGAGGAGGGGGAGGGAAGGUUGCGCAGGCUUUGUGGUAG